AUUCUCUGAGCCGAGCCUGCAGAUUCUUACAGACCUUCAUCUUCAUCGUCCGAGGAGCUUCUCUCCCUCUCUGAGGUGUGAAGUUUGCUGUCGCCAUGUCUGACACUGAGGAUCUGGAUCAGGUCGAGGAGGAGGAAGCCCAGGAGGAGGUAGUAGAAGUAGAAGUAGCCCCUGAGGCGGAGGCCCAGGUAGAGGCAGAACCAGAGGUAGAGCCUGAACCAGAACCAGAACCAGAGCCAGAACCAGAGCCAGAGGUGGUGCAGCAGGUGGUUCAUGAGGAGGAAGACGCCUAUGAAGAGGAAGUGGACGAGGGAGAUCAAGAUGAGGAGAAGCCGAAGUUCAAACCCUCUGCUCCAAAGAUCCCUGAUGGAGAGAAAGUGGACUUUGAUGACAUUCAAAAGAAACGUCAAAACAAAGACCUGAUUGAGCUGCAGUCGCUGAUUGACGCUCACUUUGAGUGCAGGAAGAAGGAGGAGGAGGAGCUCAUCUUUCUCAAAGAGAGAAUUGAGAAGCGUCGUGCUGAGCGAGCUGAGCAGCAGAGGAUUCGUGCUGAGAAGGAUAAAGAGCGCCAGGCCAGACGAGAGGCCGAGCGUAUGAGGAAGGAGGAAGCCGAUGCCCACAGGAAGGCUGAGGAUGAAGCCAAGAAGAAGAUAGCACUGAGCAACAUGGGAUCAGGCUACAGCAGCCACCUGCAGAAGGUUGAGAGCAAGAGAGGCAAAAAGCAGACUGAAAGAGAAAAGAAGAAGAAGAUCAUGGCAGAGAGAUGCAAACCUCUGAACGUUGACGAUUUCAGCGAUGACAAGCUGAGGGAAAAAGCAAAGGAGCUGUGGGAGUGGCUGCACAGCCUGGAGGCAAUGAAAUAUGACUACUGUGAAAAGCUCAAGAGACAGAGAUAUGAGGUGGUCUCCCUCAGAAACCGCAUCGAUGAGCUGCAGAAACACAGCAAGAAGGGAGCCCACUCGCGCCGCAGGAAGUGAGCGGGUGCUGAGUGAGGGUCAGAUCUAUGCGGUCAGCCGGACAGGAGGGGCCUCACCUCAGCUGCAACAGCGGCUCGGACCCUGUAGACACCUGGAGCUCCUGAACAACUGGACGUCUGCUUGAAUGAAAUGGUUUUCUGAAUGAAUUUAGCUUCAAUAAAGAAAAAAUUGAAAUGUC